CGGCACCUAUGGCCGCGUGGGUUCACUAGCAGCAGCCACUGUGUGGAAACUCAAAACUGCGCCGCAAAUCCAAAAGAAGUUUAUUUUUUAGAUCUGUUGUUUGAAGAUGUCUUUCCGUGGAGGAGGAGGAAGAGGAGGCCGAGGAGGAUUCAGUAGAGGAAGAGGAGGAUUUGGAGGUAGAGGAGGAUUUGGAGGAAGAGGAGGCGGCAGAGGAGGAUUUAACAGACAGCAGGAUUUUGGUCCUCCGGAAUAUGUUGUUGCACUGGGAGAGUUCAUGCACCCGUGUGAGGAUGACAUCGUGUGUAAGUGUGUGACGGAGGAAAACAAAGUGCCCUACUUCAACGCGCCUGUGUACCUGGAGAACAAAGAACAGAUCGGCAAAGUGGACGAGAUCUUCGGCCAGCUCAGAGAUUUUUAUUUUUCAGUCAAACUGUCAGAAAACAUGAAGGCAUCAUCGUUCAAGAAAUUACAGAAGUUCUACAUUGAUCCGGCGAAGCUGUUGCCCCUCCAGAGGUUCCUCCCGAGACCGCCGGGUGAGAAAGGACCCCCUCGAGGAGGCAGAGGAGGGGGCAGAGGGGGAGGACGAGGAGGUGGGUUCCGAGGUGGCCGAGGUGGUGGUGGUCGCGGUGGUGGAUUCGGAGGAGGUAGAGGAGGAGGAGGGUUCGGAGGAGGUAGAGGAGGAGGGUUCAGAGGAGGAAGAGGAGGAAGUCGUGGAUUCAGAGGUGGAAGAUGAUGAUGGAGAACAGUGCACUGACUUGACGCAGAGACACUUGGUUUCCUCAUUGUUCCACCGACUGCCUCUUCAAUCCAGUGCAACCAAGAUUUUUAUUAUUUUUUUUAAUCAUUUCUGUUUUAAUGUGUAUAUUUUCAGGGGUGCAAUUGAUGCUAAAUGUCCAUAACCGUGGUUGAAUACUUUGACCUCGAUAUGUUUCGCUUGUGCUGGUUGAAUCAGGAUUCAGUGACCAUAAAUCAGCACAAUUUUUAUAUGUAACUUGAAAACGUUCAUAAUUUUGUUACCACAGAAAUAUGAAUGGAUCGGAAUUGUACAAUAGCAGUGCUAGCUUGCUGGUGCUAAAUUAAACCGAUUAUGUUUGUA